GCGAUCUCCUUAACCCCCAACCUGCAUGUUAUCCUGAAUUCUCAAUGUCCAAUGUCCAUGCCUCAGCUCGUGAUAACACCGCCCCCCAGCCAUCAUGAUGGGUGGAGAUAGCAACCUCCGGUGGCUCUGUGGUGACCCAACGCUGGGGACCAGGAAUCCAGUCCACCCAUCGGUGGCAGGUCCCAAAUCGCCACGAUCAUAUGGGGAGUGCGAUGCUGCGUGCACCGACAACAUCUCGACUCCCCCCUCACCGCAGGCUCCAAAAAUGGAGUCACUCAUAUGGGAAGAAUCUCCCCACUCUUGGUUGGAAAAUGUUGCAGAAGCCACUAUCCCAGGCUCAGACACCCCUUCAUCCCCUUCGCCACUGCCAUCAGCUCCCAAAAAACGAAACAAGAGAGCAUCGCGGAACCCACAAAAGCAGGCAGCUUGGCUUCAUUGGCAUGAGAACGUGAUAUAUAAAGCAGUGGGAAUCUACUUAGAUUUGGAGGCGAAGAAGCGUCGCUCUGCUCUCGUUGCAACACAUACCUCCGGUUUCAUUCACUCAUGACGAUCACAUCCUCAAGUACAUUGGUAUCCUGGCUUCUCUAAUAGUGGUUUAAUGACCUCACUCCAGGUGCUGUGCAGCGUAUGUUUGAAUACUGUGGAUGUCCCUCCAAUACCCUCCCACUUAGCACCAUCCAGUCCAGCUACUUUCCCGGGUCACCUGUGAUACCUCAGGUUGCCUUCCAUUUCGACGUCCUUUCCCUAUACCUAGCUUUGAAUGUGAGCUUGUCUACUCCGAUUGCCUCCUUCCAUGCGCUUUGUUUGGCAUAUUGCAGGAGAACGGUUAUGGAUUCCCUGUCAAUGAACCCUUUCUAGGCCCGUUUAGCGAAGUGGUUACAUGGUUUAAGGCCCUGCGGG